AUGGUUCUGGACCUCCCUAGGAACCCUUCACACCACCGUCCAAAGACCUUCGGUAAGCCGAUCAGCCCAACUUACUCGACCAUUUUCAAUUUCAAUCAGAAGUCACAAAAAAUGUCUGGGCGACCCCGUCACGGUACGUAUGAACAGGAGCGUAGCUAUGUCAUGACCACUCUGCACGCUCAGAUUGACAUUCUCAAGGACAACUAUCCAGGAAGCCGACAGAUGUCCAUCAAUAGCCUAGGUAAUCUGACGAAUCGCAUGAACGGAUUGAGAAUGACUGGACAAGUCAAAAACAAUUACGAGCCCAGCUGGACAGAGAAGUGCAACCAUCUGAGUUCAAAAAUCUCAAACUGGCGAGAGCAACUCAUCCUGGAGUCGACUUGCCCCAUCAAGGUGGCCAAUGAUAUCGAAACCACGAUGAUGUUCUUGAACUUUUGUUUUCCCGCUGAUAUGCAUAAUCGGAAUGGUCUCAAAUGGAUAUUUGGUUCCAGGAGUUCGGAUGAACCACGACGAGGCGAUCGAAGUGGCGCCCCGUCACCGGAGCCCAGACAGCACAAGCACUAA